AUGUCUCUGUUUGGCACGUCGCCCGAUGAGGCUCCCACAGAAGUCAAUCCCUCGCGAUUAUCUAAAUCGUCUCUGUUCGACGACGAGCCACACAGCCAGUCCGGAUCAGCUCUCUUUGCCGACGAUAGCCAUAGCAGCGACUCGCCAUGGAAUAUGCCCACACCGAAACGAGGCGGGCGCCAGAACUACGUCAAAACCCUUCUUCCUGCGUCUGAUGUACCCGAUAGUUAUACAGAUGCCUUUGAAUUGGUUCUGGAUGCAAGCGGUCGAAGUGGCGCCGGCGUCGGGCUUACUACGAUUCGACAGAUCCUGGCGAGCAGUGGAUUGACCGCGGCUGACCAGGCUAAGAUUCUUAAUCUGGUGCUUCCUGGGGGUCAGGAAACGUCAUCUGAUGGACUGGGGCGGAAUGAAUUCAAUGUCCUUAUAGCUUUGAUAGGUUUGGCUCAGGAAGGCGAGGACAUUACAUUUGAUGCCGUGGAUGAACGACGGAAUAAACUACCUCAACCGAAAAUAUCGUAUCUAGAAGGCCUUCGCCAUUCUGAAGAGCCUCCCCCCGCCGCGCCCCAGACACAGCAGCCAGAAGAGACACCACGGCCAGAAUCACAACAGCCCGUUAACGCACGGCCACGACAGACCUCCUUUAGCGCAGCAGAAGCAGAUCCUUGGGGUAGUCCGGAUCUUCAUCGCGGCCAUCAACAUACCUCCAAUCCUUCCAAUGAGCCCGCACUUAAUAGAUUCGGCGGUGUCCGUUCAGCUACCAAUGGCUGGGUUGCUGCUGGUUCUACCGCAGUCGCAAGCGAGUCGCAGAAUACAUCACAAUCGAAUGGACAGGGUCCCCCUAGUAGCUCAGGGUCAGGUUGGGGUGACUACAACAAUACGUCUCAAACAGCUCCCCCGUUCGGCGCGGCCGCUCAACCAGGAUUCGAAGCUUUUCCAAAGCCAGGUAAUGGACAAGAUAGUCUUGACCCGCAAAGCCGGUCUCUGGGGGGUGGUCGGGUGACUGGUCCUGGAGCUGAGGAGAUCGUAACCGUUACACUAUUACCCGAAAAAGAAGGCUUGUUCAUGUUUCAACAUCGCAAUUACGAAGUCAAGUCCCCUCGUCGGGGAAGCUCGGUAGUAAGACGUUACAGCGACUUUGUCUGGUUACUUGACUGUCUACAAAAACGAUACCCAUUUCGGCAAUUGCCACUUCUUCCUCCCAAGAGAGUUGCAGUCAAUGGUACUCAUCUUUCAGCGGACUCAAACUCGUUUCUUGAAAAGCGUCGUCGUGGGCUUGUUCGGUUUACGAAUGCGCUUGUGCGACACCCUGUCUUAAAUCAGGAGCAACUGGUUGUUAUGUUUUUGACUGUUCCUACGGAACUAUCGGUAUGGCGCAAGCAGGCGACAAUCUCUGUCCAGGAAGAGUUCGCAGGCAAAGCUCUGCCUCCUGACCUUGAAGACUCAUUACCAACAACAUUAAACGAGACAUUUGAUACUGUGCGUUCGGGCGUCAAGCGCUCGGCUGAAAUAUUUAUCAAUCUUUGUGCAUUACUCGAACGAUUGGCAAAACGUAACGAGGGAUUAGCUGCAGACCAUCUUCGAUUCUCUUUGGCCCUACAAUCUCUGACCGAAGCAACCAGAAGUACCUAUGCUGUGGACACAAACGAUGUGCCACUACUGAACGAGGGAAUUAACGCAACCGCAAGACAUCUUUCCGCAAGUCAAAGUCUGCUAGAAGACGAAGCACGAGCCUGGACUGAUGGCGUACUGGAAGAUCUCAAACAGCAACGGGACUGCGUCGUUAGCAUGCGGGAUAUGUUCGAUAGGAGAGAUCGCUUCGCCAAGGAUAACAUUCCUCAACUCGAGAAACGMAUCGAGGCCAAUGAGAAGAAAUUACAGGAUAUGAGGAGUCGUCCGCAGGGGACGGUCAAGCCGGGCGAUAUUGAGAAGAUUGAAGAGUCUAUAUUCAAGGACAAGGAGUCUAUUGUACAGCAACAUGCUCGCGGCGUCUUCAUCAAAGAAUGCAUUCGUGACGAGCUUCUCUACUUCCAACACAGCCAAUACCACAUCAGCCGCCUGCAUCAAGACUGGAGUCAAGAGCGAGUCAAAUAUGCAGAACUCCAGGCCGACAAUUGGCGAGGAUUGAGUGAAGAGGUGGAAGGAAUGCCCAAUGGAGAGUAG